AUGAUUGAAAAAAAUUCGUCUUCGUUUGAAUUCAUAAGACAAAAUGUUGAAGUUGAUCUGAAAAAAUAUGAAUGGGACACGCAAAAAGUUCGUGACGUUAUUAACACAAGCAAAUCACCGGAAUAUCGUACAGCAGUUGAACAUGCAUUUCGAUCUGUUCUCUUCGGUCUGAUGGAAAAACAAUUAGAAACUACGCAUGGUACGAAUCUUGACGACAUGGAAAUGCCAACAUUUGUUACUGAUCAAUUCUUAACAAAUGUUCGGAAGUUGAUUGGCUUUGCUAUCGAAGCUGUUGAUAAUGAACUUGCGGCAGCAACAAUGCCUGUUUAUUUAUUUAACGAUUUAUUUACUUAUACAACAAUUGAUAUUAGUGAGCAGAUAUUCGUUGUUAUGGAGGAAAAAGCUUCUACAUGGCGAUCAACAAUCUUUUUCCAGUCGGUUAAAAAUAUACUUUUACGAAUGUGCAAUGAUCUACUAAAGCGUUUAUCUAAAACUCAAAAAACUGUCUUUUCUGGACGUAUUUUGACAUUUUUAGCACAACUUUUUCCUCUCAACGAAAAAUCUGGCUUAAAUCAAAUAGGACAUUUCAACACAGAAAAUGUUACAAAACUCACUAAAACGAAACAAACAACGACACCAGUUGAAGAAGUUGAAAAGGAAAAAAAAAUGGAAGUUGAUGAAGAUGGUGAAAUCCAUGAUUUACAUCAAAAAAGUUCAGCAGAAUUCUAUACAAAUUUUUGGAUAUUACAAGACUUUUUUUCAAAACCUUUUCAACUUUGGGAACGAACAUCAUGGAAUACUUUUGUGCACAAUACAAACCAAGUACUUGAUGUUUUUACAAACAGCCAAUUAGAUAAUGUUAAAACUGUUGCAUCAUCGGAUGAUUCCUUCUUUGCAAAAUAUUUAACAAGUGAAAAGCUAUUAGAACUUCAAUUGAAUGACGUAACAUUUCGACAAAAUAUACUUGUUCAGUUUCUAAUCAUUUUCCAAUAUCUCGUUUUACCUGUAAAAUUCAAACAACCGCAACAAUCACUCAACGAUGAGCAAUCUCAAUGGGUUAAAAAGGCAACAAAUCAAAUCAAUGAUUUGUUAAAACAAACAGGAUCCAAUGCUGAUGUAUUCACAAUUUGUAUUCAGCACAUCCUUAAACGAGAAGAAAUGUGGAAUCUAUGGAAAAAUAACGGUUGUCCAGAUUUUUCCAAAGCAAAACUUACCUUUCAAAAGCGAAGUGCCUCGCAAGCGGCAGCACCAUAUCGAUUAUCUGAUACCAUUCGACAAUCAGUGCAACAAGCCUCAAAACGUCGUACAAUGAAUUUCGAGGAUUUACGAAGUUCUAGUCAACAAUUCAUUCCAUCCAUUCGCCAAUUCUUCGAACCAAUGAUUGAACAACUUCAAACUGUCACAGUAAAAACUCCAGCGACUGAUUCUACUGACAAUAAAGAACAAACAACAAAAGAUCUUGAAAAAGAGCGUGAAAAACUUUUACAACAAGAUCCUUCACUUGUUUGGCGUGCACUACGUUUGUUAGCUCGUCAAUCGCCAUACUUUUUCGUUCAUAACACUCAAACUGUGCCAAGUAUGGCACAAUUUCUUGUUUCAACAUGUGAAAAAAUUCGACGUGAAUAUAUGUCAUUAUCAACAACAGCAACAGCCACAUCGAUCGCAUCAGCUGCUCCAACCCCUCCACCAGCAACAUCCACAACACACAAUGAAGUCGACGAUGAAGAUACAACAAUGGAUGAUGAGCCACUAGAGAAUCCACCGAGUACCGGUGAAAAUACUAAUACGGAUCAAGAGAUUGAAGAAGAAACAACAACGGCGACAACACCAACGGCUCCUAAAGUUGAAGAAGAUGACGAUGAUGAUAAUCGUGAUCGACGAUUUUCAUCAACAAAACGAACAACAAAAUAA